AUGAGAAUUGACAAUACUCGCGCAAGACCAUCAACGCGUGACACGCAGCCCUCUUUACAAGGGCAGCCUGUGUCAUCUAGUCGACAGCGCCACCGAACAAUCUCAAGUUCCUCAGACGCCGACUCGACAACAGCGAUAUGGGGAUCUCCAGAAGAGAGCAGGAUAUCAAAUAGUCCAGAUAUACUUCCAUCAAUGACACAAGAGGAGUGCACACAGCCAUACUCAAAUUACCAGCCUUCAAUAGGAUUCCAGCAAAACGUGGUCCCUCAAUCCCCCUCUUGGCAAACCUCGCCGGUUCAACAACAGGCAUAUUACCAAACUUAUACAACUAGCAACCCAGGUCCCAGUCUAACAACGACAUCUGGACAAGGCGACUCUACCGACUAUACCAGUACCGAGUCCAGCGAGGAUGAACAUGUCGACGAACUGCGUUCUCCGUACUGGGGAAGUCGAAGGCAGUUCCGAGAUGCGCUUGCGAGUGCCUCUACUCGUAGUGACAUAAACUUUGCCCCAAGAAGAAGAUCGCAUUAUCAGCCUGCUUCAAGAAGUGCAGUGGAUGAGACAACCGCAAACCCAAGCCUGAUGACUGAGAGGCCAUCGUCCUCCAGACACAGAAGACCAUCUUCAAAUACCACUAACACUGCCGCGGGAAGUAGUCGCCCACCACGAAUAGGAGGGCCAGUGUUACCAAGCCCCGCAGAUAGACUGCCUCAACAUAUGGUCGCCCCAAUACAUUCACAUCCAUUCAGGCCAUGGACCCCGAUUCCUCCACCAAGUGUACUAAAUGCACCAGCGUAUGACUUUUCUCAAGUUAUUUAUCCGAGCCAAUCGUAUGCUGGGUACGGUCAAUCAGGACCAUCAGAGUAUCAAUAUUCAACUGGAGGAGCACCGCCGAAUAUCGAGGCGAUAAGGCCAAGGAUACAACUAGGAAUCAACCAAUCUAACCAAGAGAGAGGUCCAGUAGGCUCGGAUUCAGGUAUACACAUGUCUGGGAUCUCUGCCGGCUACCUGCAGCAACCUCAUGGUCAACGAGAAAGUACUCCGCAUACACUUGUGAACGCAUCUCAAAACGCUAUCCCGCGGUGGAUGCCUACGCCGCUUUUAGGAAGUCAUACAACACAAAGUGCUUCUAGAUCUCCAGUCAGUCAUCAGCAAGUUGCUGCUCGUGGUGCCCAGAGACAAUCAGAGACAUCACCGCAGCUUGGGGAUGUCAAUACGGAAGCAGGUCGAUCAGUACUUCCAACAGGCCAUAUUGAACAGCCUAGUGGGCAAAGAGGAGGGAACCCAAGCCCACUGAGAACAGAAGCAUAUGGUACAUCAGGGCAGGGGCGUGAACCACCGAGGGGAAUGCGGAGGAGAAGGCAACAAGAUUAA